UGUAGAUAUCGUGAGCUUUUUUGUUUUUUGCUAGGUAUUUUAAACUCUUGGUUGAAAGCGUUAUGAAUCCCUUUAGUGAAGACCAUACAAAAAUGUACUUUUAUGAAACCAGAUUGAAUACCUACGUGGGGUGGCCGUUCGAAGAGGGGUGCGCUUGCACUCCAGAGAACGUAAGUGUCUAGCACUGCUAACGUAGUUAACUAGCUAGCAAAACAAACUGGCUAACGUUAACUAGCUCGACCAUGACUUUCAGAAAUGCACGUAGUAACUAGCUAACUGCACAAAGUUGUCCAUUAUUUGGUGAUAAACUUUUAUCUCAGUUAGGUUACACUAAAUUAUGCUAUUGUUUCACUCUGGUCUAAUCUACUAGCGAUAACGUUACCACCAUUAACGUUACUUCCCUGCUGUGCAUUCCAGAUGGCCAAAGCUGGAUUCAUCCACACCCCAACAGAGAACAGCCCGGACAUAGCCAAGUGCUUCUUCUGUCUCAAAGAACUGGAGGGUUGGGAGCCAGACGAUGACCCAGAGUGAGUUGUAGGACAAUGUUCAUGGCUAAAGAAGCCUAGAUUGGUUAUUUGUCAUUUUAUUAUUAUUUACUAGCCUCCUCGCAUGGCAAGGGUUUAAGCUAAUUAGCUAGCUACUACCCCAUGCAUAGACGCUAACUGCUUUUAGCGCCUAAUGAUGAAGAUAUCUUCUUCCAGGGCUUUUCUUAAGAGCCCCGACGCUCGGUCUGAAAGUGAACACGCAUCGCUUGCGGUACGUCUUUGCGAACGUAGUUAACUUUCAUAUCAGCGAGAGAUUAUUUUCCGAAAACAAAAGGUUAAAUUACUAUACACCUUCUAGGGUUAGCGUUCCCACAAGGCCAUAUCUCCAUUACAGCGCUUUCGGAAGCCAGAUUGGAAGAAAGAGGCGACCACCUUUACUAAUAAGCCAUCUAGUGUACUCCGAACACCUGUGUGUAACAAAAAUGUCUCCGCUAAAAUCUCAAAUCCGUUUUCAUUUAGGAGCCUGCUCAGAUAAGGUAUUGGUGAUCUCCUUUAUCUCCCUGUUAUACAUCUUGGGAUGGCCAGUUUGUUGAGUUCCUUUAAUGACGACCUGUGAGCUCCUCCGGGCAGGGGUAACCAGGCCCUGAAGUUGGUCUUUAGCAGCUUUCUGGCAAAGUCAAGGCACAGUUUAGUGUGUCUGUCAGAUAGGGUUCACAAGCUGAGGGGACGGAGUGCCUCUGUGUACCCUGAGUACCUCUGGCCAAGGAUGAUCUUACAGGCUGUUUCUGUGUGCGUUUCGGCCUGGUCUGUAGGCAGAGAACUGCCAGUACAGGGUGCAUAUAGCCACAUUUCUUCAGACACUGCAGAGCAAACAGCUUCCUGUUGGCAGAUGUCCGCAUGUGGUCCACUUGACUGUCCUAUUGUAAGUUGUUCUGGAUGGUGACCCCCAGGACUCUGACUGUCAGACUUCCAGGGUGUUCCGGUCAAUGGAGAGAGUCGGCAGUUGAGAAUUGGCUGUUUUGGCUGCCAGAGCCAGUUUACCUCUGAAAAUAACACAAGGUCCUUGGACCCCGACCUUAAGGAGUAAUGGCAGUGUGCCUACGCUCAUUAAGAGUACAUUCUUGGGCUAGCUAGCUACAUACUCUGAAGAGGUUUGUGUGUAACUACAAGGUUGCUUGUUAAAGCCUGCUUCAUCAACUGGUGAUGGCUAGGUAACACUAACAUACUGUCUGAGAUAUAGCAAUACAAUCAUUUGAAAAGGGUCCUUUUUAGGACCUGUGCGAGACAGAAUGUUGAUUAAAAUUAAAUUUGAACUCUACUGGUUGUCUAGUAGGUUAUUUGUGUAGCUGGAAAUUGUAGAUAAAAUGUCACCUGAAGCAUGCGCAAAACCAUGUAAACAUGCACGGCCUCGGCUGGUAUGCAUGCAUCGCGUGCAUGUAUUUACAUGUUCGCAUGCCUCAGGUGCUAGAAAUCUGAACACACUACCACCUAGCUAUCACCAGAUAAUGAAUGGGGCUACCGGUAGUGAAUGUUUAGCCUCUGCCCAGUGAGUGAAGACCUGGGAGCCGAGGCUAGUUCAAGCUCUGUUCUUGCUGUUCCUCUUCAAUUGCUACACUAGAAACGGGAUACAAUUUAGUAUUGUUGUUUCUAUUGAUCCCAUUGCUAAUGUUUUCUUCUCAUCAUGGCAUGACUCUUGUUUCAGGAAGGAGCAUAAGUCCCAUUCACCCAGCUGCAACUUCAUCUCCCUGAAGAAGAGCGUGAACGACCUGACUGUGGAAGAGUUCCUCAAACUCCAGAAAGAGAAGCAGAAAUUCCACAUUGUAAGUUGAGCUAGGACUAGGUCUUUGGAAAUCCCAAUAUUAAUAUUGUCAAUGGGUAUAAUUAUGUUAACUAAGUAGGUUUAGUGCUCCUCCUAUUGUGUGAUUUUACUGUAUAUGGGUAGAACAAGAAUAUCAACAACUACAUAUUCUAUUAACUUUAAUUUAAUCAGGGGAGCCCAAUUGAGACCAGGGUCUCAUUUUCAAUGGUGCCCUGAGGACAUCAAAUAAAAUAUUAAACUACAAGAUACAAUAACAAGUACAUUAGAACAUCAAAGGCAUCAUAAACAAAUGAUUAAAGUCAAUCAAAACAAUUGCACACCUUGGUGAACUAAUUUAUCAGGGUUUUAAACUGCCCUAGUGGCACCAGGGAAUCCAAAUGUAGUGAAUUUUGUAAGUUAUUGCAAAAAUGUGGAGCGUUAAAACUAAAAGCGGAUUUACCUAGUUCGGUGGAGACCCGAGGUAUCUCAAGAGUUAACCAACCCUCUGAACAGGUUUGGUAUCAUGUUUUUUUAUACUUUAACAACACAGUUAGGUAAGUCGGAAGCUUGUAUAGUAGAGCUUUGUAAAAAAAAAAAAAGGGAAGUGAUCUACAGGACUUUAAUGAGGACCAGCCAACCUUUUGAUACAGUGAUGCGCAUUAAAACUAACAGGAGUACAUAUAGUUUAGAUGCAGAUAAAACACUCAAUCCCAGGUCUCCACUAGUGCUGAGAAUCUUAUGUGAAAAUAAUAAUGCAGCAGACCAUGCAUCAGGUGACGUUGCGGUCAAAUGUCUCUUAUAAAUACAGGCAUAUCGCUGAGUGGAAAAUACAGGUAGACUGUAUCUGGGAGAAACGUGUGUGUGUGGAAAAUUAUGAUGAACACCAGAUUGAAAUUUUUUCUAUUUUCCACUCACAGAAAAAGGCAUGCAAUGAGGCCAUCACUAAGUUUGAGGAGGCGGCAAAAAGCAGAAGAGGUGAGAUCAUCAAGACUGCCAUGGACGAAGAGUGAUGGGGAAGAGACUGUGGACCUGUUUGAGUACUUUACAAAUGUUUUUCUGCUCGAGUAAUCACUGGUAGUGCAGUAGCCUAGUGUACAUAUUCUGUCUGUCAGCAUUAGGUAGGUGUGUUAUUAUCAAUAAAUAUUUUAUUUCCCAA